CUCUUUUAAAAACUAAUGAAGUUGUCUCUCUCUGCCUUGUUCUUGGUUGCUGCCUUUGUUAAUGUUCAAGCUGCCUCUUCUGAUAAAUCCUCUAACAGCAACAUUAUUUGCACUCGCCCCAAUAAUCGCGGUAGUGGCUCCGGUUUAGGUUGGAGAGGAUUCUGCUGCAAGACAGACGAUGACUGCCAUGAAUCUUGCAUUAAAGGAAAGUGCAACGGUCGUGUUGAUCCCAAGUACGCUAGCCCUAUUAACGAUGGUACCUGUAUUGACACUGGUAAUAUUGGAUCUCGCACAGGUGAAGGUUGGGGAAAUUUCUGCUGUGAAACCUCUGAGGACUGUCGUGAAGACUGUGUCAAGGGCAAAUGUACUGGCAAAACCCAUUGCAUUCUUCCUAAAAACCAAGGGAAAGGUUCCGGUCAGGGCUGGAAGGACUACUGCUGCAAGAACAGUGAUGACUGCCGCGAUAGCUGUAUCAAGGGUAGAUGCACUGGCAAGCCUAAUCCCAAGUUUGCCUAGAUUCCUUGCCUAAGUAGCAUAAUUUAUACAGCAC